CUGAUCCUGAUUUUUCGAAUCCGACACGCUACCGGUGGGAGCGCCCGCUCGAGACGAUCCGUCGUUUCCAGGAGGCAAUUGACCAAGACUAUAGACGGAGGGUCAUGGCUGCAGGUCAAGAAAUGGCGAGCCGUAGGAGUAGCUACUAUGGGGAGGCCCGCGGCCACCCAGCGAAUUCGGCUGUGAACAAUAGGCAAUCAAUGCCGCCGCGACAUCCCCCACAGGAAGGCUACUAUGGUUCCCGCCCCAUGCCUGCUCGUCAUCCCUACACAGAGAACGGCAGUACCCAGGGACAGGGCUAUAUGGGCCGGCCGCGACAAAGCCGCUCGCAAUAUGAAAAUGGUUAUGGACGUCAGGGCCCCGGGCACAAUGUGUAUCCCUCGCCGGGAUACCAGCAAUCUCGAGACACUGUCAAUACCCACGGCUCUGGUGGGAGCUAUAGUGAGCCCUACAACAGCGACCCGAACAGCGAAAGUAGCUCCUUUGACCGGCCAAGUCCUGGCAAGCAUCCUGAUCUUGCCGAGCAGUACGGUUUCCAAGGCUUCGGUGACAAUCCGGAGCUGGGCGGAUUCGGGAACGGUCGUCCGUUUGAAAAUGGCUCUUACCACCAACAGCAACAACACCACCACCAGGUACCGCCGCCGCCACCGCCUCAUGGCGCAAAUCAGAUGCCGCCACAGCAGUGGGGUAACGUCGACCAGCGCGGCGGCCAACGUCCGGUCAUCAGCCUGAACACGACUUCGGCUGAGCAGGCGUCUACCGACAAGGGAGGGAAACCCAAUGUGUUGACUCGAGUGACCUCCGAAAAAGAGAAGAGGGGCAGUUGGUUUAAGAAACGGUUCAGCAAGCAUUAGGCGUAGCUGGUGGUGGUGAUUGUGAAACGACGUCGGGAGGGAGUGCUUGCGUAGAGGAGCUACUAGGUGUGUUAAUACCCAAUACGAGGCGGAAGGGUCGGGUUUUUGUGUCCAACUGUACGAUAUGAAAACGUACCGGAUUCUUCCAAGAGGAUGGAUCGUCUCUCCUGAAAGUGAUGGAAGCGCCCUAGGAAGCCGGAUCUCUCUGACGAUGACAACGAUACGCGAUUCGGGAGUUUGGGUUGAUACCAUGGCGUUGUCGGUUUGAUUAUUGGCAGGCGUAUGGAGGCAGGUAUUCUUAUUUGAAAAUUCGGCAGCGACAGACCAACGUGACGAGACUUGUUCAUAUUCUUCAAUGCUUGAAGUCUUGGCUGAAUUAUGCAUCCUCGUGAUUUUUGCAAUAGAACAAAAGAGAGCCAGAGCGCCUUGCCCUAAACU